CUUUCAUGAACCAGAAUUAAAAUCAAACCGAAAAGUUGGUUAUGAGAUAGUCUACGAAGCCAACCGUUUUCUGCAGAAGCUCGAUCGGAGAGAGAGACCAAAAAUUUUGGGUGAAAUUAAUCUGCGGAGGUUUUAAGGGAGGGUGGAUCCAGCAAACCAAAGCUGAAGGAGAUCAGAAGCUAAUGAGUUGUUUGAUUCACGGAUGCUAGAAGCUCUGUUCCUCACAAGCAAAUCAAUUUGCCUGAGUAUCAGGUCCGGCGUUUUGAAGGAGUUGCGAUGAAGCCGACUGUUUCUCUCCAGCCAGAUGUAAUAGAUUGUCGCCUGCCAAGCAAUUAGGAGAAGUUUCCGGGUAGGUUGAGAUCUCGGGAUAGAGGAAAGAGCUAAGAUUGAAUCAUUCCAAGAUCUGUGUGGAGAGUGAUUGCAGAUUUGGCUGACCCGAGACCAGACCCGCCAGGAGUAAGAGCAUUCAAAGUACAAGUGGUUGCGGCUUUCCUCCUCCGAACCACAAAGAAGACACACAGCAUCAAAUGGCAGACCCCAGUUCCUCAUCCUGUCCCGCGUUGGGCACCUAUUCAAGACCAUCAGCCAAGUAUGGAAUUUAUGCUUCGGGAUGCCAUGGGAGAUCCAUACCAAUCUGUACCAAGAACGCGCAGGAGGGAGGUGCCAACAGCCCUCACGCCAUAGUUGAGCAAGACGAGUCUUCUUCGGGAUUCCAAUUUGUCGUGGACCUUCAUUGCCAAGAAAUUUCCUAGGCAAUUAGAGAGAAUUUCUUUUCUGAACCAAGCAACCCAAACAGACCCCGCUUUGAAGAACAGCAGCCAGAUUAGCUUCAGGAGGGAAGCAGUAUUCCAGAAAAGCGCUGGAGAGAGAGUUGAUUUGAUCAAUGCAUUUUUUUGGAAGAAUAAAAGCUGUGCACCAGAAGUUAGUUAGCCCUGAGAUCACUGAAUUGAGCAGCUGCAGUCUACCGGCGAAUGAGAGGGAUCUAGCAGACCAGCCAUUAAGACGGUUUUUCACUUUUUGGAGAAGCGGAGCACAAUCUAGCAAGGUUGAGAGAGUCCCGCCGAGUAGAAACAAGUCUUGGGGAGACUGAUGGCCAAACCAGAGAUAUAUUCAAAAUCUUUCAACACUUGCAUUACACUUUGGACAGAUGCCAGAGAUCCAUCCAGGAAAAUUAACAAGUCAUCUGCAAAACAGAGGUGACUGACUCUUGAGGCCUUGCAUUUGUAAUGGUACUUGAAACGACCCUCUACAGCUGCCUUGUCUAGCAUUUCUGAUAGAAAAGGAUGGAGUACAGACGCAAGCUUGGAGCCAUCUGAGAAAAAGCUUCGGAACUUCUAUGGCACGAAGCGAAGAGAAAAUGAACUCCCAGCGAAUGGUGUCAAAUGCCUUGGCAAUAUCCACUUUUUUGGUUUGAGACGCGCUACAAGCAAUUUUGAGAUAAGCUUGUACAUGGUAUUACAACAGGAGAUGGGCCUGAAAUCUGAGACGAGUGUGGCACCCGGAAACUUUGGGACCAAAGCUAGGGUAGUAGCAUUGAUGGCAGAUGGCAUAAAAGCUGAGGCAAAGAACUGAGAGAUGCCGUCAAUGACAUCUUUUCCAAUAAUACUCCAAGCAGCUUUAUAGAAGGCCGAUGAGAGUCCAUCUGGUCCGGGCGUUUUAUUAGGGUUAAGCUUGAAAAGAACAUUCUUAAUUUCCUCAGGAGAAGGCAAGGAGACCAUUGUUUGUUUCAGGGCAGCACUGCAUCGAUAAAGGACAAGACUCUGGAGCGAAGUGGGCGGGCAAGAGAUGGGGAGGAGGAUCGGAGGCGCCAAAAUGGAUGUAAAGUGAGAAACCGCUAGAAGACACAUACCCUGAGGGUCAGAUAUCAGAGUCCCAGAGAUAGUGGAGAAGGACCGAAUAGCAUUGAAAGCAUUUCGUGAUUGGACCACUCUGAAGAAGAAAGAAGAGUUUUGGUCUCCCUCCUUUAGCCACUGGAUCCGUGAUUUUUGUUUGAGGUAAGACUCUUCUAGGGAUCUUAGGAGAAUCCAACGGGAGUGGAGAGCCUUUUCCUCUUGAAAUAGCGAUGGGGAAGGAUUGGACAGCGCCAGUACCUGCACAACUUGAAGCAGCUCCUUGAAUCCAUAAAGUUCCAAUCAAGGGGAGGAAGGAAGGCUGUUUAGUGAGGCAAUUGAAGAAUUUAAAAGGUUUUGUCCCUGCCUGAGGGAGAGAAGCGGCUAGAUUGAGGAGGCAGGGAGCAUGAUCUGAGAUAUCUGGAGGAAGAAAGGUAGCCACACUGUCCGGAUACGUAGUGAGCCAAUGAUUAUUAACAAGUAGACGAUCGAGCUUUUUUGCAAUCGGAUCCAAAGGCUGCCUAUUUGACCAUGUGAAGGCGCAGAGUGUUCAGACGGGUGAAUAAUUUGGUUGAAAUCUCCUCCAACGAGCCAAGGGCCAUUAUCAAGAGAAAGAGUAUGAUGAAUAUCAAUAAGCUCACACCACAAGUCUGAUCUAUCAGAGCUCAAAUUGGAGGCAUAAAUGGCAGUGAAACAAAAAUUGUGACCACCAGUAAUGGUCACGUGACAGGUGAUCUGCUGCUUGGACUGACUGAGAACAGUAAUAGUAGCCGGGUGCUUGUAGAUGAUAAUGAUUCUACCGUCUUCAUCCGAAAGGUGAUUGGAGACAAAGUUCCACCCAGGACAAGUAAGAGAUAAGAUUUGGUUCAGAUUAGGUUCUUUAAUAUGAGAUUCUAAUAUAGUACCAAAAGAAGGCUUAUAAGUAGUUAACCAAUUAGAAAAAAUCCGAUGUUUGCCCCGGUUAUUUAAUCCGCGGACAUUCCAAAAAAAUGAAUUAAUAUUCAUUAGGAAGAAAGAGAAUCCCCUCCUUUAGAGGAGAGAGGUUCCGAAAAUGAAGUGGUAUUAUGGUGAGAAGGAAUAUCUAUCGCCAUAUCAGAGGUAUCAGAGGACGAAGACUGAUUUUGCUGAGGAAGAUUUGGAUGUCCGGGGUCAGAAAGAGGUUCCCCAGACGCAGCUAGAUGAGAAAAGGAGUUGGAUAUAUUUAGGGGAUUCAAAGGAAUAGUAGGAGUGUUUUUCUCCUUAGCAGAAUGCUUUUUGGGUGUUUGAACAAAGCCCUCAGUAGAGGUUUGAUGGGUAGGAGAAGAACCUAGAGAGGACUGACCAUCUGAACCAAUCUCUAUAGACUUGCCUUUGGAAAUGGACAUCACAGCAGGAAGACUGAUUGGAGCAGAGGGAAGCCCUUCAGACACAAGAGUACCUUUCUUAUUCUUGCCGUUGUUCUCUUUUAAACUUUUGUCUUUUGAUUCGACCCCUACAGAUUUGAUUGGAGCAGUUGUAGCAGAAGGAGGAGGAAGACUCGGACAAUAUCUUAAAACGUGACCAAGUUAUUUACAAUGAGAACAAGUUGGGGGCACCCAAAGAUACUCAACAUCCACAGUGACAAUCUCGCCACUCUGUCUGAGGACCUCCACUGACGACGGGAGAUGUUUAUUUAGGUCAAAAGGCAUGCCUUUGAGAUGAGCCCAGAUCGGAAUAGCAUCCAGAUUUUGAGAAGCUCCUCCCGUGGAAUCCCAUUGAGCAACUAAGAACAUGCAUUCUCCAAUGUGGAUUUCAAGGCGUUGGCCUCUUCCCCACAUGUGGCUGAGUACAUUCUGGAUGUGAGUAUACGUAGGAGGUCUGCCCAAAAACCGGCUAAUGAUAAAGUCUUUAUGAAGCUCAGCCCCUUCUUCAAAUACAGAGUCAGGGAUUGCCACUCUUGGUUUACCUUCCGGAGAGUAAGAAAUUGGCGCUAGUCUUUCCAGUUUUCUGUCUGCAUCUCUGUUUACUUUUUGGGCCCAAGUCGUAGUAGCAUGGUUAACUGGAGGAGGAACAGUAGGAGGGGGGACAUAGUCAGUAUCUUUGUUCAGUUUAGCAGAAGCCUCAGAGGAGGGGGUAAUGGAAGCGCUUCCGCUAGGAGAAUCUAUAAAUGGAGGGUUGAGAUCAUCAUUUGCAUUAACAACUUUUUCAGGAUCAGUAGCUACCACCCCAGGAGAAAUCUCAGAGUAAAUGUCAAUUGAAGCCAAGCAGGGAGCAGCAGCAGGAGCCGAACUUAAUCCCAAAGGAGAGGGAGGAAAAGGAGGAGGAGGAAGGAGACCUUUAGAAAAAGGCAAAAUAGUAAAAGGGUUAAGAGAAGUCCUAGAUCCAGUAGAAAAUUUUCCAGAUCUAGGGUUUGGACCCACUAAAUUUAGGGAAAAAUUUGCAAUUGACUGAUGUUGUGGGCGAACAACAACAGGAGUGGAAACGUGAUGAGCUUGUAAAGCAAGAACUACUUUCUUAGGCUCAACAUAAGCAAUAGGAGACAAGUUUUGGGAAGGAGAGAUUGGAGAAGAAGCAGAAAGAGGGGAAAAAGGGGGAAAUUCAGAAAGGGAAAGGAGAAAGGAAGGAUCUGGGGGAUCUGGAGGGAAAGGAGGAGGAUGAGGGGAACUACUUUCAGCCAUAGCUGAAGGAGGAUUCAAGCCGGAAGCACUUUCAGCAGGGAACCAGCGGUUCACCAGAACGAGCAUUUUUUUGGGGAUUAACUUUGCUUCUUCUCUCGUAACAUCUGCUAAUAAUUGAUAUCUUUAAGUAUCUACUGUUAUAUCCCAAGGGAGACAGUAGGAUAGUCGAUGGGAAAUGGUUAUCCAUUUAUCUGUGUUUGGCUGAUAGCAACACAUUAAAAGAAACGAAGAUUUUUGCGCGAUGUCAUUUGCGAAUUCUUGACCCAUUUGGAUGCAAUCACGCCACAAGGGAACUUGGGAGUUGGUUCAAGUCAAAGACAGGUUGGGGAAUUCCUCAAUUUGUGUCUGUGGCUGAACUUCCAAAGGCUUACUUGGACAAGAAGGGAAGUUUGAAUGUAGAGAUCGAGUUUGAUGUUGUUUCGGAAUCUAGAUACUCUCUCCCAUCAUGACUUAAGCUCCACGUUUAGAAUUUUACAUUUCCAUAGUCAUCUUCACCCGAGCUGGUUUAGACUCUAAUUUGCUGGUUUAACUUUUUGUCUUACAAUUUUAUUUACCCUCUACGUACUUGGGGUAUUUCUGAUUGAGCUGGUUUAAUUUGGUGUUGUUAUUAUAUGCACUGAUUUUCUUUUCUAAUUGGACUGUAAAUUGGCCUAUAAUACCAAACCCAAACGUUAAGAGGCCGAAAAGCCGAAA